CAUAACCUUAUAUUAGGUUAGAAGUGUUUAGGUGUAAAUAGAGGAAAACGUGUUUUUGGUUCAAGAUUUUUUCCAUUAUAAGAAUUAUGGGUCGCCGCAAAGCAGGUUUUGUAAAAAAUCAUCGUUUCAGACAUAAGAAGGACCAAAACACCGAAAACAAUGAAGUGAGAAAACCUUAUAUAGAUAUCGUCAGAGAAAAUGAAAAAUUCGUCCAGUACUACAAGACUGUUGGCAUAUGUAAGGAUGAUGAAUUUGAGCAAUUCAUCUCGACAAUGAAAACAGACUUGCCAGCAACAUUCAGAAUCACUGGGUCAAAGGGUGUGGCAUCAAAAUUAUUAGAAAUUGUUGAAACUCAACUGAUUAAAGAAUGUGUUAAUCAAACUGAUGAAAAUGAAAAAGCGCCAAAUAUAUUUCCAUUACCCUGGUAUCCAAAUAAGCUGGCAUGGCAGAUGGAACUCACUCGAAAGGAUAUUAGAAGAUGUGAAGCAUAUUAUAAGUUGCACAAUUUUCUAAUUUCUGAAACGGAACAUGGAACUAUUUCCAGACAGGAGACUGUCAGUAUGAUUCCACCAUUGGUGUUGGAUGUACAAUCACAUCAUAAAAUUUUAGAUAUGUGUGCAGCACCUGGUUCUAAAACAGCCCAAUUGUUAGAGCUGUUACAUGCCAAUGAUGAUCCAAUUCCAUCAGGAUAUGUUAUAGCAAAUGAUGUGGAUAAUAAGAGGUGUUACAUGUUGGUUCACCAAGCUAAAAGAUUAAACUCGCCCUGUGUUGCUAUCAUUAAUCAUGAUAGUGCUAUUUUACCUAACAUGACUGCAACUUUGCCAGAUGGGUCAACUGAACAGGUGCAAUUUGAUAGAAUUUUAUGUGAUGUACCCUGUUCUGGUGAUGGUACACUAAGGAAAAAUCCUGACAUAUGGAUGAAGUGGACACCAGCUAAUGGCCUGAACUUACAUGGAAUCCAGAGUAGAAUCUUAAGACGUGGCAUAGAACUUUUGGCAGUAGGAGGCAAAAUUGUUUAUUCUACUUGUUCUUUGAAUCCCAUCGAGAAUGAGUCUGUGAUACAUCGCUUAUUAGCUGAAACUGAUGGUGCUGUAGAAUUAGUAGAUGUAAGCAGUGAUUUGCCUGGUUUAGUCUACACUCCAGGCAUGGAAGAAUGGAUGGUUGCAAGUAGAAAUCUUGAGUUUUAUAAGAGCUUUGAUGAGGUAGAUGAAAAGUGGAAAACUACGAUCAGACCACAAAUGUUUCCACCAAAACCAGAGGACAGAGAGAAAUAUAAGUUAAACAGAUGCAUUAGGAUAUUGCCUCAUCAACAGAAUACUGGUGCAUUCUUCGUUGCGGUCUUAAAGAAGAUAAAACCUUUGAAUGCAAAGGAGAGGCCAGCUAAGUCAGCCGAAGAGGAAGCUAAAAGGGCUGAAGAAGAAGCAAAGAAACGCGAAAACGAAGACAGGCUUCCUGAGAAUCAGAGGAAACGUAGAAGGAAGGAGGGAUACAGAGAAGAUCCAUUUGUGUACUUCCCAGAAAAUGAACCAGUGUGGCAAGAUAUUAAAAAGUUUUACGAUAUAUCAGACGAUUUUGACGCCAAGUGUCUCUUAACUAGGUGUAAAGAAGGCAAAAAGAAAAAUAUUUAUUUAACAUCUGAAGCCCUCAGAGAUUUGGUUGUGAAUAACCAAGGAAAUAUUAAACUUAUUAACACUGGUGUUAAAGCAUUUGUCAGAUGUGACAAUAAAAAUAUGAAAUGUGCAUUCAGAAUUGCGAAUGACGGUUUGGAAAGUAUUUAUCCUUACAUUGGUGAGGACAGGAAAAUAAAUAUUCCAAAGGAAGAUCUUAUUACACUUCUAAUGAAUGAUACACCUGAGAAAUCACCCCCAAUUACAUCAUUAUCACAGAAUAUUCAAGAUCAACUAAAAGAUUUAAGUCCCGGUAGUUGUGUGUUGCUGUACAAAGAAAAACUUGCAAACAGUGAUAACUUCCUGGUUAUUAAUAUUAGUGGAUGGAGAGGAACCACAUCUCUCAGAUGUUAUAUGUCUAAACAUAGCACAGUCCAUUUAUUGAGGUUGUUGGGAGGAGACAUUUCAAAAUAUGAUGUCAACAAAUUUAAGAAGGCAGAGGAAGAAUCUAAGGAUGAAGAUGCAAAGGAGACCGUAAAUGUGGAAACAAAUAGUGUUGAAGAGGUACCAGUAAAACAAUAAUUAUUUUUAUCUGUAUUUAUUUGGACGUUUUAAAUAGAUUAAGUUUUCAAAGUAUUGUAUACUUUGUCUAUACAAUUCAUUGACAUUAGUUAAGAAAAUAUCAAAAAAAUGUUUAUUAAAAAAACUAAUGUGAAACUUAUUUUAAUAAUAAUACUAUAAAGGUUUCGAAU